AAUCGACAUUUUUGCGCUUGCUUGAGUUGUUUGGGGCCCAACACAGCAGCACCUUUGACUGCCUUUGGCUGAUUUGUUUUGAUUUCGUUUGCAGCUGCAGCGAAAUUUGUGGAUUUUUGUCUUCUCGCCGUUCCUUUGCAUGAGCCGGCAUGAGUAAAAGACGAAGAGCAUCUUCAGCGGCUAGUAGCCGUGAGCCGGAAGACGAAAUAAUGAGCGACCCAGAGCCUGUUGUGCUCGAGCCGGUUCGCAAAAGACGACGCGUUGAUCCUGUUGAUAUUUGUCAGCAGCUGUAUGAUACCAUCAGAAAUUUUAAGAAAGAGGACGGAGGCCUCUUGUGCGAUGCUUUCAUCAGAGCUCCAAAGCGCAGACAAGAGCCUGCUUACUAUGAAGUUGUUACAAACCCCAUUGAUUUACUGAGAGUUCAGCAAAAGUUAAGAACCGAUGAGUACGAAGAUAUUGAGCAGCUCACUGCAGACAUAGAACUGAUGAUUGGCAAUGCAAAGGCCUUUUAUAAGAAAACCAGCCAAGAAUAUAAAGAUGCCUGUGAGCUUUGGGACUUGUAUGAGUUGACCAGAAACCGACUGACCGACACUGAAUCAAGUUCUGCAGAUGGCGAUGGAGGUUCAGAGCAGAAGGGCAAAAUAAUUCUCAAGGUUGGCAGACUGGCGAGGAGAGCUGCUGCUGCAGCCGAAGCUAGGCGUGAUGAUGCCGAUGAAGGAGCUUCCGAAUGCAGCUCCACGGCUCAGGAAGAUGAUAACAACGUGUAUGAAGAGCUCUUCUCCACGAUCAUGAUGGCCCAGGAUUCUGAGGGGAGAGAUUUGCACCCAGCUUUCCAACUGCUGCCAUCGAGAAAGGCAUACCCUGAGUACUAUGAAGUGAUUGACUCGCCAAUCGACCUGAAAAUGAUCGCCACGAAAAUCCAGAGCAACCAGUACUCAUCGCUGAACGACAUGGAACGAGACCUCCUUCUGAUGGUGAGGAACGCCAUGUCCUUCAAUGAGCCGGGCUCCACGAUUUACAAGGACGCCAAGAACCUGAAAAAAGUCAUCACGUCCAAGAAGGUUGAAAUUGAGUCAGGAAGGAGUACCACAGGCAAGAGCAGCGAGCGGAUCCGCAGCAAGCGCCUGAGAGGCAACCAGUCCAUGUCGGCAAUCACCUCGGCCCUCAAGUACGAAGAUGACGAAGAAGAGGAGGAUGAGGAGGCCAUGGAGGAGGAUGAGUCUGAAGAGGAGGAUGACGAUGAGGGUGGCAACGAGGAUGAUGAGGAGAACGGCACACUGUGGACCUUGUAUGAAACAGUCCGCUCCUAUACCAACAACCAGGGCUACCAGCUGAGCGAUCCGUUUAGAAAGUUGCCGUCCAAGAGGUAUUACGCCGACUACUACAAGGAGAUCAAGAAUCCUAUUUCCAUGUACCAAAUCAGGACGAAAAUUAAGCGAGGUCAUUACGGCACAGUAAGUGAAAUCGCAGGGGACUUGAACAUCAUGUUUGAGAAUGCCAAAAAGUACAACCGCCCUGACUCGAAAAUCUACAAGGAUGCAGUAAAACUACAGAAACUCAUGCAGACCAAGGUGCAGGAACUGCUUGAGUAUGAUCAGGUACGCGUGGUAGCUACCAAAAACCAAUGUCGAGCUAAUCUGAAACGUGUGAAUCAGGAGAGCGAGAGUGAGGAAGAUGAGGAUGGUGACGACUCGGCCCCUUCAACUCCUCAGGCACCAGCCCGACGCGGCCGUCCACCUGGCUCGCUGAACAAACCCAAGGGAAAGCCUGAGGAGGUCCUCAGGAGGAAGCGGUAUUUGCAGAUAUAUAGGUCUUUGGUUGAGUACCGCGACGACGGCCGACAGCCGAUCCUCAUGUUCAUGGAAAAGCCGAGCAAGAAGCUAUACCCUGACUACUACCAAGUCAUCGAACACCCAAUAGACAUGCUGACCAUCGAGUCAAAUAUCAAGGCAGACAAGUACCUAAACGAGGAUCAACUUGUGUCAGAUUUCAAGCUGAUGUUUACUAACUGUCGCCAAUAUAAUGAGGAAGGAUCAGUGAUCUAUGAAGAUGCUAACAAGUUAGAACGACUGCUGGCUCACGCUUUGAACACGCCAACUCGACUUGCUGUACGAACUUCAAGUGGCAAGAACAAAAGACAACAGCAGCAGAACAAUCUCUACCAAAAACUCAGAACUCUAUUUGAUACUAUUCGUGACCACAAAGACCCAAAAGGAAGACAACUCUCCGUCAUUUUCAACAAACUUCCUUCUAAAGUAGAAUAUCCAGAUUACUAUGAGGUUAUCAAGAGACCGAUUGACCUAGAGAAAAUCUCUUCAAAACUGAGAUCGACCUCCUACCUGAGUCUAGACGACAUGGUGUCUGACUUUGUGCUCAUGUUCGACAACGCCUUCAAAUACAAUGAGCCCGACUCGCAAAUUUACAAAGAUGCAUUGAUGCUGCAGCGAGUGGCACUACAGACUAAAUUGCAGUUGAGGGAGGACGAGGAGUCGCUCCCUGACGUCCCUCUUGCGGUACAGGAGCUGCUGACCUCUCUUUUUACGGCCACGUACAAUCACCAGGAUGAGGAAAGCCGUUGCUUCUCUGACUCAAUGGCAGAACUUCCUGAACAUGAUGAUGUCGAAGGAAACAAGGUCCGCGCAUUGUCUCUCGACCUGAUAAAGAGGCGUCUUGACCGCGGAUUCUACCGGCGCUUGGAUUCCUUCCAGGAAGACAUGUUCGCCUGCUUGGACCGAGCUCGCAGACUGUCGCGAUCAGACUCGCAGGUGUUUGAGGACGCCAUCGAAAUGCAAGUCUUCUUCAUCAAACAGAGAGAUGAGUUGUGCCGAGGCGGGGAUUUGCUGCACUCACCAGCUCUGCGGUACUCUGCGCAAGAUUUGGCUGGCAACCUGGACGCGCUGAGGCAAGAAAAGGCAAUGAAGGAGUUGCCUGAGGAGGAAACUGAGCCUAAGCAGCCGUUGAUGGGCGAAUUGGAGAGCGCUGGAAACGAGAUGAGUUUCAACCAGCAAACCUUCAGGGUGGGAGAUUUCGUCUACCUGGAGCCCAAGGAGAGGGGACUGGAGCCGCACAUCAUACUGGUCGAGCGUCUCUGGACCAACCAGGACAAUCAGCAGAUGCUCUACGGCAACUAUUUCUACAGGCCUAAUGAAACUUACCAUCUGACAACUCGGAAAUUCCUUGAAAAGGAAGUCUUCAAAAGCGACGUCAGAGCAGCUUUUCCAAUGAGCCAAGUCACUGGAAUGUGCUUGGUCCUCAGCGUUAGGGACUACCUGCGUUUAAAACCAGAGUCUUUCCCUGAAAAGGAUGUUUACGUUUGCGAAUCAAGAUACGCCUCUAAGGCCAGAAGUUUCAAAAAGAUAAAGUUGUGGCCCUGCACGCUCCCUGAGCACAUCAAGCUUGUCACUCGAGAGGAGCCCUUGGAGCCAAAAAGAGUCAUGUCUGUGUUUAGAGAUCGCGUUGAAAAGCACAAGGAGGAAAUUGCCGAGCUGGAUGAGAUGGAGAGGCUUCCAGAAAAGGAGAUUCCGCCCAACGUGGAGUUGAAUUUGGAGCAGCCCAUUGAGGGAUUCACCUACUAUGAACAAUACAAGGUGCAAAGCUGUGGCACAAUCAAAACUGGUGACUGUGUUUAUGUCAAGAACAACACUGGCAAGCAAAUUGUGGUGCAGGUGGACUCGAUUUGGGUCACCAAAAGCCGAGAAGAGUUUUUCAAAGGCCCUAUCUUUGUUUCUCCAUCUGAGGUGCCAAACACGCCAGGCAGACUUUUCUACAAGCAGGAACUGUUUUUGAACCAAGUGGAAGAAGUUUACCCGCUGGCAUCAAUCACUGGAAGAUGCGCAGUGCUGGAACACGGAGAAUACAUUUCCUGUCGGCCUACAGAGGUCAGCGAGACAGACGUUUACGUGUGCGAGUCGAGCUUUGACGACAGCAAGAAGCAACUCAACAAGCUGACCCGCGACGGCAUCAAGAAGUACAGCCACUCAGGAGACGUUGUCGAGGACGAAAUCUACUUCUUCCGUCGCCUCAUCAAUCCGGCCAAAGUUGGCAGCGAUGGUGUGCAAAAAGAUUCAAAGGGAUUGUUUAACACGUUUGAAAGGCAGGACUCGUCCCCAGUCGCCAGCAGGGACGCUGACGUUUCCCUCAUGAUGGAGGACUCGAUGGACGCCCCGCCGUCAGUCGGCUCCGGUGACACUCCCACGCCGUCGCCAUUGAUGCAGACUCCAGUUUCUACUAUUAAAAAGAAGUCAAAACCUUUGCAGAAGGGAACUGGCAAGAAGCUGGUGACAGGCUACAUUCUGUACUCCAGUGACGUGCGCAAGAACGUGGCAAUCCGCUUCCCUGAUUCAAGUUUUGGCGAGAUCAGCCGUAUCGUCGGCAACGAGUGGCGAAGUUUGUCAGCGUCAGAGAAGCAAAGCUACGAGGAACGUGCUGCGCGCCUCAACGAGGAGACGACGGCCAGGAUGGCGCUUGAGGCCUUGGGACCCGGCGAGACGCCGCACCAGGACUUGAUCUAUGAGUGCCUCUGGAGCAACUGCGACUACCAGUUUGAGGAGCUGAACGACCUCAUUGAGCACUCAGUCGGCGAGCCUGAUGGACACAUUCAAAAACAUUUUGUCAGUAAACCUGAUACUGAAUACCAAUGCAAAUGGAAGGGUUGCAUCAGGCAGAAGAAAACGGUGCCGCCAUUCCCGAGCAUCAUGCGUCUCGCUCGGCACUGCAAGGAGCAGCACAUCCUGAAGGCUUCCGGCCGAGUUGUACCUCCUGGAGAACGAUCAAGGAAUUUCCAACCUUCUGCUAAAAAAGCUGCGGCUGCAAACGCAAAAGCUCCUUUGGCUCAAAACACAGCUCCAACUGUGCCAGCUGGUCUGCAAUUGGCUUCUGCUGUGUCACCAAAUGCCAACUUGAAUGCAGUGCAAGCCGCUGCCCCUGUGCGUCAAUUGGAGCCUAUGUUUGUGGCCAUUCCGCCACGACCCCAGCGCCUGCUCCACUCUGAAGCGUACAUCAGAUACAUUGAGGGCAUCAACUCUGAUAGCAGACACAUCUCCAACUGGGAGAAGAGUUUGAAGGCCACCCCCGAGACCACAAUGGUUGACCCUACUCGCCUGCCUGCACACUGGCUCAACAACGGCGUUGGCAACCAUGGAAAUGUGACCAACGCUUUGUGGGCUCUCCGAGAUUACCUUAUGAGGGACUCUUUGAAUCUCGCUAAGAAUGCUUGAAGUUUAAUAGCUCAGCUAACGAUAGAUAGCUGAUAUUCGUCUAUAGCUUGUUCUGUGUUUUCAUUACUUAAAAUUUGGUUUGUACUGUAUUAUUUAAUCAAGUAACAAUAAAUAAUUCAUCCAGCUUAAAAAAACUAUUAAUCUAACCAGUA